AUGGUUUUCAGUUGUCAGAUUUGAAAUGGCAAAUUCAAUUCAAGUAUUUACUAAUUACUAGUAAUUAAAUUUAUUUUACUCUCACUUACCGCUAACUAAAACUAAAUAAAAAAAAUUAAAUAAAAGAAGUUAAUAUAUUUUCACCAUGUCACAAUGUAUGGAGAUUGAUGGGAGUGUUUUAGAAGGGGGCGGACAAAUCCUACGAAACUCUAUAUCACUUAGUGCUAUCCUAGGAAUACCAGUACGGGUAAUGAACAUAAGAGCAAAGCGAAGUAAACCCGGCUUAGCUGCUCAACAUUUGAAAGGUAUUCAGUUGGUAGCAGAAAUGUGUAGAGCCAAACUCAAAGGUGCCAGCAUUGGGUCUACAGAUGUUGAGUUCAUCCCUGGCAAGCUACGAGGAGGCCAUUACGUCGCUGACACACAGACAGCAGGAUCUAUCAGUUUACUUCUCCAAGUGGCAUUACCCUGUGCAUUAAUGGCAGAUGGGCCCGUCACACUGGAUCUUAAAGGUGGCACCAACGCAGAUAUGGCACCUCAGAUUGACUACAUGUGUGUGGUCCUACGACCACUGCUACUAAAGUUCAAAGUGGACUUUUCCUGGAAGAUACAUAGAAGGGGUUAUUUCCCCCGUGGUGGAGGUCAUGUGACAUUUGAUAUCAAGCCAGUGCGGCAGCUGCACGGUGUUGAUAUGACUGAUCAGGGAGUUGUUAAAUGUGUACAGGGCUGGAGCUUUGUUGCAGGCAGGUUGCCUAUUAAGAUGGCUUAUCAAAUGUCUGACGGUGCGCGUUCGGAGCUGACUAACUUACCCAAUGUCAAUAUACAAACAUACAAGGAAGACCAAAACAUGGCACCCGACAACUGCAACGGUAUUGUUCUUGCUUGCGAGACUAGUACUGGUUGUGUGUUGGGUGGUGACGCGUUGGGACGGCGUGGGGCGGAGCCCUACGCGCUGGGCCGAUGCGCCGCAGCCGACGUCACCGCGGCCCUGCGCUGCGGCGCCUGUCUUGACAAACAUGCUCAAGACCAGAUGAUAAUUUACAUGUUGCUGAGUGAAGGUAGGUCCGCAGUCAAAUGUGGAGAGGUCACUCUGCACACCCGCACUGCUAUAUACAUAGCAGAACUCAUUGCAAAGGUGAAAUUCACAAUAAAAGAUGAAGGAGAAGCGAAUAUUAUUGAAUGUGUUGGACUUGGACUUAUCAACAAAAAUGUACCACUUUAAUAAUACAAUAUGCAAGAAGUUGGAAUGA